UGUAGGUUGUGUUGCCCGUGCGUGCCACCCACACACUGUGAUUCUAACCGACUCAUCAUGUCAAGAAGGGACUGGAAGAUGGGCAUGUGCUUCGCAGCCCCCAUUCCGCAAUGAACUCAUUGCAUGGAAGAGCUUGCAGCAUUUGAGAGAACUGCGCAGACCUGCCCACGGACAGCCUGCUGGAGCAAACCGAACGGGGUGCUGAUGACCGCGCCUAUCGUCACCUUCCUCUCUACUCCACUCACCAUCCUCCUUAGACCUCCAUCCGUGCGUCGUCUUCUCGGCACCAUCCCACAAAGAAGUGCUACAGUUCGGCCCGGCAGUACGACCGCAAAACUUUACGCUGCAGCCAAGCUGACGACCAAGACCCCCGCCAGCAGUCGCGUGACACAGCUCAACAACCAGCUUCGGGCACAUUCCUCCCGCGCAGCGCUUGCCUCCUCUUCAUCCUCUUCCUCGCAACCCGACGCCAACAUGGGCGCCUCUGCCGGCAAGGACGGCACGCAGUGGCAUCGGCUGCCGACGGCCGUGACGCCAGAGCACUACGACAUCAUUAUCAAGUCAGACCUCGAAGCGCUCACUUUCACUGGCCUGGUCACCAUCACGCUCAACAUUGAGGAGGAGACGGACGUCAUCACGCUGAACGUGGGCCCCAAGCUAACGCUCAGCAAGGCGCACAUCACGAGCAGCGCUCUCAAGACGGACAGCAAGACGGUCGCCGUGCUGGAGCACGACAAGGAGCACGAGCGCGCCGUCGCACGGCUUGGCCAGAAGCUGCCCAAAGGCAGCCAGGCGACCAUCAGCAUCGCGUACGGCUCCGAGAUUGAUAACUCCAUGAUGGGCUACUACCGCUCCACGUGGGAGUUCGAAGGAAAGAAAGGCUUCUACGCCCUGACGCAGUUCGAGCCAACGGCCGCCCGUCGCGCCUUCCCCGGCUUUGACGAACCAGGACUCAAGGCGACAUACAGCUUCCGCAUGGUCCACCGCAAGGACACCACCGCGCUUGCGAACAUGCCCGCCGUCGGCGAGUCCAAGGCGAUCAGUGUCGCCGAACAAGACAAGCUGUUGCGCACCAGCGAGCUCGAGCUCGACACGUCCAACAACAAGUGCGCCCUUAAGACUGAGUCCAGCAUCGCCGGCAAGACCGAGACAGAUGGCGACUGGGUGUUGACAGCGUUCGAGAAGAUACCCAAGGUAUCCAGCUAUCUCGUCGCCUGGGCCAACGGACCGUUUGUCCACCUUGAGAGCACGUACAAGAGCCCCAUCACUGGCAAGGACGUCCAGCUGCGCAUUUACGCCACGGGAGAGUACAUCGACCAGGCGCAGUUUGCGCUCGAUGCAAAAGCAAAAGUUAUGCCGGUCUACGAGAAAGUGUUCGACAUUGCCUUCCCGCUGCCAAAGCUCGACACGCUCGUUGCCACCGACUUUGACGCCGGUGCGAUGGAGAACUGGGGACUGAUCACCGGCCGGACGGGCAUCUACCUUUACGACUCAAACAAGGGCGGGCUUCAGGCCAAGAAGCUCUCUGCGAAGGUGCAGUCGCAUGAGUGCGCGCACCAGUGGUUUGGCAACAUCACCACUAUGGACUGGUGGUCGGGUCUCUGGCUGAACGAGUCGUUCGCCACGCUCAUGGGCGAGGUCAUCAUCCUCGACCGCGUCUGGCCCGAGUGGACGUCCGGUAGUGAGUUCAUCGUCGGUCACCUGGCGCGCGCUCUCGAGCUCGAUGCCAAACGCUCGUCGCACCCGAUCGAAGUGCCGCUGCAGGGCGACAACGUUGAGAGCGCAAUCAACCAGGUCUUCGACGCGAUCAGUUACUCCAAGGGCGCCAGCGUUCUGCGCAUGCUCAGCAGGAUGGUCGGCGAGGAAAAGUUCCUCAAAGGUGUCAGCAUCUACCUCAAAAAGCACCUUUACGCCAACGCAACGACCAACGACCUGUGGAAAGGCAUCAGCGAGGCGUCCGGCCUGGACAUCCCCAAGAUCAUGGGCAAGUGGGUCCUCCAGCAGGGCUUCCCCGUUCUCACCGUGACUGAGGGCGAGAACGAGAUCAAGGUACGCCAGAACCGCUUCCUCUCCACCGGCGACGCCAAGCCUGAGGAGGACGAGACGCUGUGGUACGUCCCGCUAGAGCUCAAGACGAUCGGCGCCGAUGGUCGCACUCAGGUGGACAGCAGCAUCGUACUCAACGAGCAGCGCGAGACUAGCAUCCCGCUGCAGAACGUGCAGGGUAGCGUAUGGAAGCUCAACGCCGACACGGUCGGCGUCUACCGCGUCGCGUACACGCCGGAGCGUCUCGCCAAGCUCGGCGAGGCCGCAAAGAAAGAGCACUCGGCCUUUUCGCUCGAGGACCGCGUGGGGCUCGUCAACGAUGCGCACACGCUUGCCAAAGCCGGCUACGCUCAGACAAGCGGCACGCUGACGCUGCUGCAAAAGAUCGUUGAUGAGCCAACGUUCCUCGUCAACUCGUCCGCCAUCGGCGCCAUCGGCGACCUCCUGUCCGUCUGGUUCGAGGAGCCCGAGGACGUCCAGCAGGCCAUCCAGAGCUUCGGCGCCAACUUCUUCGGCCCCAAGGCCAAGCGUCUCGGAUUUGACGGCAAGCCGGACGACUCGGUCGAGACGCAGCAGCUGCGAGAAACUGUCAUCGCCGGUGCUGCGGCCGGACGGGACGAGUGGACGCUCGGCGAGAUCAAACGCCGCUUUGACGCCUUCCUCCAGGGCGACGACAGCCUGAUCCCGGCGGAUCUGAUGAUGACCAUCUACUCGACCUCGGUCCGGUACGGCGGCGAAGCAGAGUACAACAAGGUCGUCGAGGUAUACCGCAAGCCACCUACACAGACUCACAAGCAGACAGCCAUGUUCGCCAUGUGCGCCACGCAGCAGCCCGAGUUGAUCGAGCGCACGAUCGAAUUCCUUUACAGCGGCGAGGUCAAGGAGCAGGACUUCCUCAUAUACUUCCGCGGCCUCAGUGCGCGCCCCGUCACGCGUCGGCUACUGUGGGAGGCGACCAAGAAGCGCUUCGACGAGCUCGUUGAGCGCUUCUCGGGUAACUUUGCUCUCGGCCGCCUUGUCGAGCUCUCCUUUGGCAGCUUCUCCAGCGACAAAGACGUCGCAGAUGUUGAGGCGUUCUUCAAGGGACGCGACACGCGCAAAUACUCCAUGGCCCUCUCGCAAGGACUUGAGGGCGUGCGCGCGCGCGCCGCAUGGCUUGCGCGCGACCGCGACGACGUCAGCGGCUGGCUCAGGAAGAACGGAUACCUCAAGCAAUAAAGGAGUGUCUUCGUAAUGUACGAGGGGCUGUGUGUGUUAUUCAAAUCCAACUAUCCAUCUGAGAACAGCAUUGUGUUGCACUCUGCUCCGUUGCUUGCGAUUCCAGUUGAAGAUUCAAAUGCAGAAGCGAAUCGCGAAUGACGAUCACAGUGCAUUUUAGCAGCAGGAUGCAAGUGCUAAGAAGUGGCACUUCGUCAUGCUGUCUAAUCUGGCGGAUCACCAAUCGAUCAUACAAUGACAUUUGUUGCCAGCGAUGACACAUAAGGACGAUGCCCACUCCCUGCUACCGAGGCUUGAGACUGUCCACGGCGUUGUCGUGCCCCCUGUGGGCGUUGUAUAGGUAACGU